GCCGCCGCCACCACCGCCACCAUGUCGCGGGGCUCGAUCGAGAUCCCCCUCCGGGACACCGACGAGGUCAUCGAGCUUGACUUUGAUCAGUUACCGGAGGGGGAUGAAGUUAUAAGUAUUCUUAAACAGGAACAUACUCAACUGCACAUAUGGAUUGCUUUAGCGCUGGAAUACUACAAGCAAGGCAAAACAGAAGAUUUUGUGAAACUGCUCGAAGCAGCUCGUAUAGAUGGAAACCUGGAUUACAGAGACCAUGAAAAAGAUCAGAUGACUUGCUUAGACACUUUAGCAGCCUACUAUGUACAGCAGGCUCGAAAGGAAAAAAAUAAAGACAACAAGAAAGAGCUCAUUACGCAAGCUACUCUGCUGUACACAAUGGCUGACAAAAUAAUCAUGUAUGAUCAGAAUCACUUGUUGGGAAGAGCCUGCUUCUGUCUUCUGGAGGGUGAUAAAAUGGAUCAAGCCGAUGCACAGUUUCAUUUUGUGCUCAACCAGUCUCCAAAUAAUAUUCCUGCCCUUCUUGGUAAAGCAUGCAUUUCAUUCAACAAGAAAGAUUAUAGAGGAGCUCUUGCCUACUACAAAAAGGCACUACGAACCAACCCUGGCUGCCCUGCUGAGGUUCGGCUGGGCAUGGGCCACUGCUUUGUAAAACUGAACAAACUGGAAAAAGCUCGCUUGGCAUUCAGCAGAGCGCUGGAGCUCAAUUCCAAAUGUGUGGGAGCUUUAGUUGGAUUGGCUGUUCUGGAACUCAAUAACAAAGAGGCCGAUUCCAUCAAGAAUGGUGUUCAGCUGCUCUCCAGAGCAUACACAAUUGAUCCUAGUAACCCAAUGGUGUUAAACCACUUGGCAAAUCAUUUCUUCUUCAAAAAGGAUUAUGGUAAAGUCCAGCACUUGGCCCUCCAUGCUUUUCAUAAUACUGAGGUCGAAGCAAUGCAGGCAGAGAGUUGCUACCAAUUAGCCCGGUCUUUUCAUGUUCAGGAAGAUUACGAUCAAGCUUUUCAGUACUACUAUCAAGCCACCCAGUUUGCUUCUUCCUCUUUUGUGCUACCGUUUUUUGGACUGGGUCAAAUGUACAUUUACCGGGGAGACAAAGAGAAUGCAUCACAGUGCUUUGAAAAAGUUCUGAAAGCAUACCCUAACAAUUAUGAGACGAUGAAAAUUCUUGGAUCUCUCUAUGCUGCUUCAGAAGAUCAAGACAAACGAGAUAUUGCAAAGGGUCAUUUGAAGAAGGUCACAGAACAGUACCCAGAUGAUGUAGAAGCAUGGAUUGAGCUUGCACAGAUCUUAGAGCAGACAGAUAUACAGGGUGCUCUCUCUGCUUAUGGUACCGCAACACGAAUCCUUCAGGAGAAAGUGCAAGCUGAUGUCCCUCCUGAGAUUCUGAACAAUGUGGGUGCUCUCCACUUCAGGCUUGGAAAUUUAGGGGAAGCAAAGAAAUACUUCCUGGCAUCUCUGGAUCGUGCUAAAGCAGAAGCUGAACAUGAUGAGCAUUACUACAAUGCUAUAUCAGUGACUACAUCCUACAACCUUGCCAGGCUGUAUGAAGCCAUGUGUGAAUUCCACGAAGCAGAAAAAUUGUACAAGAACGUCUUAAGAGAACAUCCUAAUUAUGUUGACUGCUAUCUGCGUUUAGGAGCGAUGGCACGAGACAAGGGAAACUUUUAUGAAGCAUCUGACUGGUUUAAAGAAGCCCUUCAAAUCAAUCAGGAUCACCCAGAUGCUUGGUCAUUGAUUGGUAAUCUUCAUUUGGCUAAACAAGAGUGGGGCCCAGGACAGAAGAAAUUUGAAAGAAUAUUGAAGCAGCCAUCGACCCAGAAUGACACAUAUUCUAUGUUGGCUCUGGGUAAUGUUUGGUUACAGACUUUGCACCAACCCACCAGAGACAGAGAGAAGGAAAAGCGCCAUCAGGACCGUGCACUAGCCAUCUACAAACAAGUACUCAGGAAUGAUCCCAAGAAUUUGUACGCUGCUAAUGGCAUAGGAGCUGUACUGGCACACAAAGGAUAUUUCCGUGAGGCUCGUGAUGUUUUUGCCCAAGUGAGGGAAGCAACCGCAGACAUCAGUGAUGUGUGGCUCAACCUUGCGCACAUUUAUGUGGAACAGAAGCAGUACAUCAGUGCUGUACAGAUGUAUGAAAACUGCCUCCGAAAAUUCUUUAAGCACCAGAACACGGAGGUGCUGUUGUAUUUGGCCCGAGCUCUCUUCAAAUGCGGCAAAUUACAAGAAUGCAAGCAAACAUUGCUGAAGGCUAGACAUGUGGCACCCAGUGACACAGUCCUUAUGUUCAAUGUGGCCCUGGUGCUUCAGAGGCUAGCUACCUCCGUGCUGAAAGAUGAAAAAAGUAACCUGAAGGAGGUCCUGAAUGCUGUCAAAGAACUCGAGCUGGCUCACCGAUAUUUCAGCUACCUAAGUAAAGUAGGAGAUAAAAUGAGGUUUGACUUGGCCCUUGCUGCAACUGAAGCCAGGCAGUGUUCAGAUCUGCUGAGCCAAGCUCAAUAUCACGUCGCUCGGGCACGCAAGCAGGAUGAAGAAGAACGGGAGCUACGAGCGAAACAAGAGCAAGAGAAAGAACUGCUGCGCCAGAAGUUGCUCAAAGAACAGGAAGAAAAACGCCUCAGAGAAAUAGAAGAACAAAAGAAACUUUUAGAGCAGAGAGCACAGUAUGUGGAGAAGACCAAGAAUAUUUUGAUGUUCACUGGAGAAGUUGAAGGAUCAAAAGAGAAGAAACGGAGCGGUGGAGCUGGCAGGCGUUCCAAAAAAGCAGGGGAAUUUGACGAAUUUGUCAACGAUGACAGUGACGACGAUAUGCCGGUUUCCAGAAAGAAAAAAAGGCGGAAAGGCAGCGGCAGCGAACAAGAGGGUGAGGAAGAGGAAGGAGAAAAGAAAAAGAAGAAGAGGAGAAGACCUCAAAAGGCAGAUGAUGGUAGUGACGAUGAUGAAAAUGAUACUGCACCCAGGCCUAAAAAACGUCGCCCAGCCAAAACAGAGAAGAGAAGAAUUUCUAAGCCAGAACGCCUGCCUCCUUCAAUGAAGGGAAAAAUCAAGUCUAAAGCCAUAAUUUCAUCAAGUGACGACUCAUCUGAUGAAGAUAAACUCAAAAUUGCUGACGAUGGAAAUGUUAGGAACAGCAAUAGCGAUUCAGAGGAUGCUGAACAGCCGCAUAACAAACGCGUUAUGUCGGAAAGCGAUUCAGACAACAGCAACAAGUCCGGCAGCGUGGGGGGCAGUCCCAGACGAUCCAGUGCCCGCCCUUCUGAUGAAGACUCGGACAGCGAUGGGUCAGCACGGAAGAGGAGGCGAUCGGAUUCGGAGCAGUCCGACAACGAGUCUGUGCAGUCCGCAUGAAGCCCAUCUGUACAGUCUGGGCGAAGCCCCUCCGGUGGCUCUGAGAACGAAUCUCGCCCAGCUUCUCGCAGUGCUGAUUCUGACAGAGAUUCAGAUAGAGUGUCCGAUAACGAGGGUUCAGGUAACGAGUCCGAGCCAGAGGCAUCCAACAAUGAAGGGUCCGAACGAGGCUCAUACGGUGGAUCAGAUGACAGCGAUUAGGUUUCAGUUGCAGCCUGUAUUUUAUAAACUGCUUUGUAAAUAUAUUUUGGUUUUGAGAUAAAUUUGUGGGUAGAUGAGGAUGUCCAUCUUUUAUAUCUGAAAACUGUGAUUACGAAGAUGCAAAACUAUGUUUUGGGGGAAAUGUAAAAAAAAAGUGA